UGGCAGAAUGCAAUUUCAAGUCGGUCCGAUGUGAUGUUUGUUGUUCGGUUUACUGAGUGAAUAAUUUUGUUGUUUGGUUUUUUUUUGCGAAUCGAAAGCGAAACAAAAUGAGUGGCAUCAAUGUUGACACAAUCGGGCUGGCCAGUGGCACUGGAAUUGCAAAUAAUAAAUCAUUACCACAAUCACCAGCCAGCAUGGUUUCGUCGGAAAGUGAAACACAAAGCAUUAGCGAUGAACAAACGCCCAGCACAACCAGGCCAGUUGUGAAAUCAAGUCGAAAGUCGUCCAAAGCCGAUGUUGAACGGCCUCCAUGGCGAGCGGUUCUCAUCGCACCACCACAAAAGGUCAACAAAAAUGCUUUAUUAAAAGCAAAAAUUCUGGAUGCCACUCGGCGGGCGCUGUUGGCGCAAAAAAUCAAUCACGUCGCCACUCAAACUGAUGCAUACGCCACUUUGUUGCGAGAAAAGGCCAUUGGUGUACAGAAAGAUUUGAUUCGCAUGGUUGACAAAGCAGAGCAUACAGAUGGAACCAUUACGAUUCGAAAGGACCGACCUGGUGGUUUGAUAAUCACGCAGACAGUUGGCCAGAUGACGGAAAAAACGGCAUCCAAUACAAUUGCAACCCAAACUCCACUUCCGAGAACGUAUUUAUCUUUUGCAUCGUUGGCAUCUAAAUCAAAAGCACCAUUGGGCUACCAAACCACUCCGUUUGAAAGGCAAAUGCUGGAGAAUGAACUACUGUUGCAAACCCAACAGAAUGCAUUGAAGGCGAUUGAUUUGAAAAUAACGGAAAAGUAUCUGAACGAUCGUCAGGCAAAAGAUGAGUGUACUCCGUCCAAACAACAAUCAGGAAGCUCUUCUUAUGAGCAAAUAACUCCGGGAGAUGGACAACAAGAUGAAAACUCCCAAAGUAUUUCAUCGUCAGCGCCUAACAGUUCAUCGCAACAAAUCAAAAUUGAUAAAAUCGCCAUGAAAAUGCGCGAAAAUUCGAUAAAAAAUUCAACGUUUGGAUGUUGGGAUGAUUUCGAUUUCUCCGACAAUGAGACCGAUUUGCCGGAUUUGCCAAGAAGAACAAUAUCGGACGGCAGCACGCCAUGGAAUAAUUUCAAUGAAAUUGUGAUUGGGCAACGAUUGGCAUCGAUGACUUUGUCUCCGCUCCAAAAUCGACCGCCAAAAUCCGGAACAAAGAAGAAAACCGUAACAUGGAACGAUCGCCAGUUGGCUGUGACAAAAUUAAUAAACGAGGCAUCAGCCUUAAUCAAUAUAUUCAAUGAGGUGUCAAUAAUGCUUGGUCCAGAAAUGAGUAUAAACAAAUCGGCGGCGCGUAAAGAGGAUAAAGUCAACAUUCCAAAGUCCAAAUGGGAGCCAAUUUUAAGUGAAUCCUGCAAUGAUCUAGAGAAUUCACUUACGAACUGCAGACCACGGCAACAUUUGACCAGUGCACAGUUGUUGGCAUUGCCAAAAUAA